AUGCCUCUGAAGAUCCUUCUAGUUCCCGGGUUGGUUCUGCACAAGGAGACUGAAAAUCCACUACAAGUUUCCCUGAACAGACAGAAGAAUCUGACCCUAUGUAGUCUUCUUCCUCGGGGUACCCUUUGCCUCACCUGUCUCCCACCAGGAAGCCUUAACUGUUUUCACACCCACAUUGAGGGAUCGUUCUCUAAAUUUCUGUGGGAAGAUGCUGAUGGGCUGCAGGACUCUUUGGACCGCUGCCCACAUCUUCUUGUUUUACAUGAGGAUAAAGAGCUCUCGGUUUACGAGGUGAACGCUACAGAAGGACGUUUGGACCUGACUACAGUCUGUCACUGUGAUAAGGACACUUUGAGGAAACUCUGUGUAGACAACCACGUUUGUAUCUCCUCUGUGCUCUCAGUCCAUCUCCUGGCCCUUCACGGUGAACAGAUCCUUCUUCUGAUCAAUAACCGUGUAUUGCUGCAUCUCGAUUAUAACGGGGAAGAUGUGAACCCAAAGACUUUGUCCUGCUUCGAUCUAGACCUUGAUCCAGAGGCUGCAGACCGUAUAUCAGAUGUGUGCUUAAGUAAUGACAUCUUGUUCCUGUUAGACUCCUCUGGGAUUGUAUAUAUUUAUGACACCCUGGAUGGGUCACAUGUGGCAGACAUGGAGCUUCCCCUAAGGCCAGAGACUAGCUCCCUGGACCCAUUAACAAACAUACAUGUUUCUCCAGACCUGAGCUUGGCUGUGGUGUCUUCAAAAGCUGGUUGGGUCCUUUCUCUGCGGCUGUAUGAGUAUUUCAGGCAGAAGUCAGGACAAGCUAAGUGGUGUGAUGAAAAGCCCAGAGAGUUACCUGAAUCGUAUACAGAUAAGGAUGAUGUCAGCAGCUGUGAUGGGGGCAUCCAUGAAUUUGGAUGUCCCUUCCGUACAGAUAGGUCAUGGGAAGCCACGCUGUCAUCCCUUUGCACAGAAAUCAGAGAUGUUGAAGACCUGCAUUUAUAUCCCCAAACUUCACAUCCAUUGCCAUGUAGCAACUGUUCAAAGGUGCCUUUCAGCUGGAACCCUUUAGGUGGGGGCUGGCAGAUUAUCCAAGUGGAUGGAAUGGAGGAGUCUGUAAGUCUGCGAAUCUGGUCUGUGUCCUCCUUCAGUGCUGUCUUCUGCCUCCGGGGAAGCGAUGGAAACCUCACUGUAGUGCUCUUCGACACAGAGACUCAAAGUGUUAUGUACCACCAAUUAGGGAAAGCUCUUUGUGUGGAUUGUACUCCAGAUCAACCCUGCCUAGUUAUCACAGAUAAAGGCAUUUCUCUUGUGCUGUUUGGUGCAUCACAGGAUGAAUUUCUCACUAGACUAAUGAUCCACGGCAGUGCAAGUAACGCAGACACCCUGUGUCUCCUAAAUAACUGGGGACGCUGCUCCAUACCUAUCCAUACGCUAGAGGCUGGCCUAGAGAACAGGCAGUUGGAUACUGUUGAUUUCUUCUUGAAGAGUAAAGAAAAUAUCCUGAACCCUUCUGGCCCCGAAGAUGUAAAUGCUGAUGUCCAAUCGGAGCACUACCUGCGCAAUGUACAGGACCUGCUACCGGCCCUUGAUCUACUUUCCUCCUACAUCCGAGGCACAGACCAGGAGACUCACAGCAAGCAUUUCUCCGAACAGCUGUUACAGCUCACCCUCGGCUUCCUCAAUGGGCAGCUGCGCACGCUCUGCACCCUCACAUCCGCGCCAGAUCCUGCGAUUAAAGAAUGUGUGAGAAUUCUAACUGGUUAUGUCACCGGCCUCCGACCCUUCAUGAAGAGGUUCACGCAGCAGCCACAGACGAUGCAGGUCCCACAGUCUGCGCGGGAGAAGAAAGCAUGGAAGAACUUAUCUGUUGAGCAAAUAAUCUCUGAUGCCAUCCUAACAAAUCGGAUUCCUGAGGCACAGUCGUUUCUUCGCCUUCAAGGACAUCCCUGUCCUGGUCUGACUUGGUUGAAACAAGAAGGUCUGAAACUGGUUUACAGAUGCCUGCAAGAGAAAUGCGUGCCAGAGGCCUGUCAGCUUCUCCGUAAUAUGGGGUUUUCUGUGUGGAGUGAACUUCAUCGUAUCUGUAUGCACACAUCUGAACGGAGUGUCCGAAAUCUGCUUGUUGACCUCCUACGGGCUGAGGGGCGCCUUUCUGAGCAGGAACAGGAGCAGAUUCACACAGUGUGUCGGGUGGAGGAACUGUAUUAUAACCCACACAACCGUGAAAGAGGGAAGAGGAAAGCAACGUAUGAUGGUAGGCCAUCAUGGAAGCCCUACACUGCAGCGUGUGAAUCAAACAUCUUGGAAGAGGUGCUGACAGCUCCAGAUCAUGAUCCAGAGACUUUGCGGCUUUACUGGGCACAAGGCUGGAACAAAGAUACUCAGGAAGCGAUCCUACUCGCUGAACAGGAGGAUAGCGACUUAAGUCUCUGUCAGCCCCACAUCCUUUGGCGUCACUUGACUUUGUGGCAUUCGUGGCCAUCGAUUUGCUCGUGGCUUGAGGAAACUGGAUCGCACGCAGAGAAAGACAACACAAAGCUCACACGAUGGCCUCGUCUGACCCCAGAAUUAGUGGAUGAAAAUACCAUGUGCUGUCGCUACACAAGGCAGAAAAUCCUAGACAAAUUGUUAAGUGUGGGAAUGAUUGUCCCGUCUGAAAUGAAUGAUUUUGAGAGUCUUGUGGAACGCCUGGCAUUUGGCAACAAACUGAUGUCAUCUUCUGACUCUCUUCCAAGUGUUUUCCUUACCAGCAUGGAUUUUCACAACCGCUUUGUCCAGAUGUGUGCAGAGAAUGGCCUUCAGUACCUCCUGUACACUUACCUAGAUUAUUACAGGUUGACUCCAGAAUUCUGCUCUGCACUGACAAGUCCCACACUUCUAGAGAGAUUCCCUUGGUUCAGUUUCCUUGUACAAAUCCGAAGAAUUCAAGACAACCCGGGGGAUUACAGCCAGAUAUUCCAUGCAAGCUUGGCCAACGCUCACAUGGUGAUGCCUGAAUACCUGCCCAGCGUCAGCAGCAUGCUGCUGGAGGGACACACACUGCUCGCCCUCGCGACCAACAUGUAUGCACCUGGGGGCAUUGAUAGGGUGUUGGAGCAGCGCGAGGAGCAAACACCUUGUCACAUGAAUGUCGAUCCCCAGCUGCUGAAGAUGGCUCUGGCUCCCUAUCCAAAACUUAGAGCCGCUUUAUUCCCCCAACACCCGGCUCCUGGAUCUCCUUCCCACAUUUCACUCUAUCAUCUCUUACAGGCACUUUCCCCCUUCAACCCAACGCAUUUUUUCACCUGGCAAGGAGCAAACACUCUUGCUUCCGCUGACAGCCGCACAGAGCUCCCUCACUGCUCAUGCCCACGGCUGGUCAGCAAGUGGGCAGUGGUAGAGCAGCUGGACGUUUGCUACUAUCUCCGUACGGGGCGACCGGCAGUCGCGUUUGCCAACUUCUUGGUGCAGAAGCUUCUAAAAAGCAAAGCACCCCAACAACAAAUUCAAGAGAUUGCGAAGGAUGUCUAUUCCUUAGCGUUGUCCUGUUUCAACGUACAGACCGUGAUUGCUUCCUGUGUUUGUUUCCUGGAAUUGCUGGGUCUUAGCAGCCACAAGCUCCGCGUUGAUGUAAAUGUUGCAGAUCUAAUCCUGACCCAUUCAACAUCUCCAAACGAUGAGCUGGGACAGAAAUCCGAGGCACAAGCCUUAGCCCAAAGGAUGCUCAGACUGGUGGACAACGAGACCAAAGCUGCAGGAGAACUUUCAGUGAGCUUGGAGGAAGCUAUGAAUUCCACCUUAGAGAAGGAAUGGGAAAGCAGGCCCCACGCCUGCGGUGGCCCAUGGUCCACGAUCACGCAGUUUUGCCUGCUGCACUCUGUUCCUUUGAGCUCCCGAUACCUGAGACACUGCGGCCAGAGGCAGGACUGGCUGCAGCUUCUGAUGCACACUCACUCUCAUCAGCAGAUAUCCUGUGUUCUAGAAGAUCUCGGCCCAGCUCUGAGCAGUCACGUGGCUCUGGCGUUGCAAAGAAUGAAGUUAGACGAGCAGCCCUCGUGUGAUUCCCAAGCAGAAGUGGACAGUGAAGCAGGACCAGUGAAUUUGUUCCAUGUUAUGCUUCGAUGCCAAAAGUCAGAGAAGCCGGGACGUAUGCUACUAAAGGAGAGCGUGAGAUACAGUGCUCCGCUGUUGAGUGUGCUUGCUGCAUGUGUGCAGGACGCUGACCUCAUCUCCUGUCUCUGUGUGUGGAUUCUUACAUCUGUGGAUGCUGCCACGUGUGCCGUGAUCAAACGCUCACUCUCUACCCCUGAAGAUCAUGUCUGGGACCUGAGUGAUCUCUCAUGGAUUUGGCUUAAUCUGCUGGAAAGAAAGGCGAGCAGAACCCUGCACAGAGCUUUCAGCAUCUUUAUGGAGGACUGUCCCCUGUUACCCCUACUUGAUAUGUACGAGACGUGUCUUCAUCACAAAAACUAUCUGAGUGCAGAGGACAAACUGCAAGAUUUCAAACGCCAGCUGUUGAGUCUCCAGUCAUCAGAUGGCUCCUCUACACUCCUCCCACUUACUUGGAUUCAGGAUCAGGUCUCGGAGCUUCUGAAGCUUCUUCUCUUGCAGAGCAAAACUUCAUACGAACAGAGGAAAAUUCUGCAACUACUCUGCGAUAAUGACAGCCAGAAUGUUUGUGGGGCAAUGGAUAUCCACAAGUUGAGUGCACUCACUCAGAUUCUGCAUGACUAUCCUGUCUGUAUUGGCAAGGAGCUCCUCAGAGAGUAUAGUGAAGAAGGCCUUCAAGUGGAGUGUCAGCGGUUGUUGCACCUACUGCUGGAAGGCAAGCACUUCUGUCUGGCACGAAAGGUGGCAGAACUGGCAAAUCUGCCUGCUGACAGCCUGGUGAUUGAAGAGGUUCUGCAGGACCAGUUUCUGCUACAGGAGAUUGGACAAUGGGAAUGUCCACAGAGUCGAGCAGAAUUCUGGAAGAAAUGUCAGCAGAUGUUCACCACCAACCAGUUGUCCCCAGUUGCGGCUUCCGCCUUCUUUAAUUCUCAGGCUGCUAAUUUCUCCGCUGCCAUGGCAGGAGCGGGAGAACAUAUUGAUCAUCUAGCAGAAGAGGAGUUGUUGCUCAGCCUUGCAGGAAAUUGGUUGUCUCUCAGUGAUUGUGCUCAGGUGGCUUCUUUGGAGGAACUGGAGAAACUGAUCUGGAAAUGUCGCAUUGACCAAGAGGUUUUGAGAAGAAACGGAGGAGCGCGUGUCCUCUGCUCUGUAUCUCCCUUCACUAGCCUGGCUUCUGAGUUCUCCUUCUCCAACCUACCUGCACUCAACUCCCCAUUGCUUUUUGAAAUAUCCACUCUGCCACCACUCAGUGGCUUGCCUGGCACAUUAGACUCUGAUGCUUUGCUGGCGCUGAGUUACUUAGUAGAUCGUCUGCUUGAUGACAGCCACGUGCAUGAGGCCAGUCGCGUGUGCAGAUACUUCCAGCUUCCCCAUCGCAACCUAUGGCUGGUGCUCAACUGUAGAGCUCUGGCCACAGGUGAGACUACAAAGGAUCAGAUGCACCCGGAUAUCCAAGCCAUCCUCGCAGAAGGACUAGAAUUACAAGAAUGUGUCUGGAAACGGAGGAAGCGUCUGCAGAGCUCAUCUAGUUUAGAAGGUUCACCGUCCCCUCUGCGCAGUGAUCCGGUGCUCACCUAUCUGGAGAUCCUCAAAGAUGCCUGCACUCAUGGCAAACCCUUCUGCCUGCAGCUGCUGUGCAUGUACGAGCUGAGUCAGCAUCUUGGAUGUUCCUUCUCUGAUAUCUCCUCCAGAGAUGCCAUUGACGUUCUACGUUCUCUUAUUUCUUGUCGCCGUCCUGAGCUCAGUGACAGAGCGCAAGCGGUCAUCAGCUCGCACAGGCUCUCCGCAGACACCGUGGCAAAGAUUGUAGCCGAGGAGGGACUGCGAAUUUGGCAAGCACAGUACAAGGAAGGAGGACCAGCCGAAGUGUGCAACGUUUCCGAAAUGAGGAACCGAUUCCUGCAACUCACAAAGCUUUGUCCCGAUCCGACCUUGGUGGGGUUAACGCUACUAGAAAAUCUGGAGACCGUGCCGCUUACAGAGUCGCAAUGCAUUAUUGAGCUACUGAUCUCUGCCCAUGAUUGCUUCAGUUUGACUUGUCAUCUGGAGGGUAUUCGACGGGUGUUACAGGCUUGCCGCUAUCUCAUUGAAAUGCACUUGGCACCAAAUCAAGAAUACAGCCUUAUGGUGCGUCUCCUCUCCGGGAUCGGUCGCUACAAUGACAUGGUAUACGUAUUUGACAUUUUGCACAAAAGCCAGCAUUUUGAGGUUUUGCUACGGAAACAGCUGGACACGAAAGGGGGACUGCAGACCGCGUUACUGGAAUAUAUUAAGCGCUGUCAUCCGGGGGACAGUGAGAAACACAACAUGACUGCGCUCUGCUUCAGCCUGCAUCGAGAUAUCGGCCAUAACCACGAGCAGGCGGCUCUCAUCCAACUUAAACUGAUCCAGUCCCAACCCUGGGAAUACUGGAUGUCUGAACGGGCCGAGUUGAAGUCUUCAUUAAUGAAAGCCCUGACCCUGCUCAUUGAUGCCGCGGAGAGCUACUCCAAGGAUUCGUGUGUCCGCCAGUCCCUGCGCUGUGCGCGCCUCACCCGCCUCCUGACGCUACAGAUCCAUCUGCUGAACAUUGGCCAUGAAACCAGACUUAUCAACUUGGAGAAAGAGAGUGUAAUGACUCCAAUUCUGGCACUUCCACGCUUUUAUCAGGCUGUUAUUGUAGCUGAAGCCUACGACCAACAACCAGACUGGGCAGAGGUUUUAUAUCACAAUGUUAUCGUCGGAGGUGACUUCCAGUACCUAGAAGAAUUCAAACAGCGCCAGCUGCUCCAGAGCGGGGUGUUCGAGCAAAUCUCCAACAGGUGUAAGCUGCAGCCUCCAGGUGCUGCCGGUCUCCAGAAUCUGAAGCGAUUGAUCAGUUAUUGCGAGGACACCUACACUCAGUACAAGCUGGCGUUUGAAAACCAGUUCUACGAUGUGACCGAUGUUCUCAUGAAAGACUCACAGACUCGCUGCUGUCUCACAGAUAUGCUGUCUCGGUGAUACGUGAGACACGGAGCUGUUCUCCACACACAAAGAAUAAGUAUACCGUCAGGAUCAUUUAUAGAUGAUAACUGUUCUGGCUCGUAGAUCUAAUUCUGGAUGCUGUGAAGGAAUUGCCUGCAUGCCAAAUAAAGCAGCGUCUCAUCAUUUUGUAAUAUGCUGCUCUGCCGUCUACAACAACAUUACACAUUCCGUAAUUUUUGUACAUGUACUUUAAGUGGUAAACUAAAUCAAUUUAUCUUGGGAUUAAGGAGAACUGAGUGUGAAUCUCUCUCUCUCUACAUUUAACACAAUAGCCAGAUUUAUUACACGGAGCGACCUGCCGCCUUUCAUUUGACACGCAUACUUCACGCAGUCACUCCGCCGGUGUAAGAGUGUGUGUGCGCACGCGUGCGGUUGGUUGUGCUGUAAUGUGUUAUAAUUAUGUGUCAAUCAUAUGUCAAGAAUGGAGAGAAUAUAGAAUUAAAGUUUCCCUUGUGGGGAAAAUGUUGCAGUUA